UGGUACAAAUUUAAAUAAUAAUAAUGGAGAAGAAAUGAUUCACGAAGUACUAGCUGAAAAUAAAUCCACGUUUACAUCUAUCACUGAAAAUACUGAACUGGACAGCACUAUAGUACCAUUUUGUGAUUUAAACGGAGUUAAGAAUUCUUCUAUAAACAACGAUAUAAAUAACAAUGACAAUAAAUUAUAUUGCAGUAACUCACAAAUUGAAAAUGUCUCGCAAAAUACAGAUUUUGAGAAAAAUAAAAUUUCUAAUGUAAGCGAUAAAGAUUCAGAUUAUGAACCAUCUAUUCAGAGUUCAAAUGAUACUGAUAUUGAACAUACUGAUAUUGAAAUAAAUGAUGAUUUAGAAAUUGCAAAUAAUGAAUCUAGCAUAUUAGCAAAUUCUUCAGAAAAUGCAAACAAAAAAAUAUGUUAGAAAAAGAAAUAGAAACAUGCAAAGAUGAUGAAUUAUUUGUAGAAUUGUCUCAAGGGCCCAAAGGAGAUAAAAAAUAUAAUUUUUGCUUUUACUGCAAUACUAUGCAAAGUAAAAUUGCUCGGCACCUAGAAUUAAAACAUAAAAAUGAAGAAGUAAAAAUGUUUUUAUUACUUCCAAAAAAAUCUAGAGAGCGAAGAGAUGCAAUUAGUCAAAUAAGAAAAAGAGGCAAUUUUAAAUAUAAUACACAGGCAGAUUUAAAUGACGGUUCCAUGAUUGUUGUAAGAAGACCUACUAAAGAAGAGAAGCAAUGUGGUUCUUAUUUUUUACCAUGUUCUAAGUGUAGAGGACAUUAUGCAAUACAUAAUCUCAGGCAUCAUUAUCGCAUUUGUGCUAAGAAGAAAGAUACAACUCGAAAUGUAUUAAAAUUAGCACGAAGCGCUGCACAAUCUGUUCAUAAUCGUGCAAGCCAUAAAUUAAGAAAGGACAUUCUUCCUGUCAUGCGAAAUGACAAUAUUUAUAAAUUAAUAAAGUACGAUUUAUUAAUUAUACUAUACGGAAAUUACCUCUGUCAAAUUCAUAGAUUGCAGCAUUUAGGAGACCACAUACGACAACAAUUACGACUUCUUGGACGAUAUUUAGAAGUAUUAAAAUCAAUAGAACCGGCAAUACAAGAAUUACAAAUGCUAUUUGACCCGAAAUAUUAUGAUAUUGCUAUAAAAGCAGUAAAUAUAAUUGCUAAAUAUAAUGAAGACACAGAAUCAUAUGAUAUACCAUAUAAUGCUACAGCUAUGGGCACAUGUUUAAAAAAAUUAUGUAAGAUCUUAAUCAACGAAUUUAUUAAACAACAUGAAUACAAAAAACAAAAAUCAGCAAAAAAUUUUCUAAAGAUUUUAGAAGUCGAAUAUGGUAGUACCGUUAAUAAAACAGUUACAGAAAUACAGACUAGAAACAGUCGAAAGAAAAAAGUUAAUCUUCCGAAAACAUCAGAUAUCAAAAAGUUAACCAAUUAUUUAGAAGAAAUAAGAGUAUCUAGCAUGCGAGAAAUAAAAAAUGAAUUCACGUUUUGUGCUUGGAAAUCACUUGCUGAAGCAAUAUUAAUAAUGAUUCAAAUUUUCAAUCGGCGACGUGCAGGAGAGAUAGAAAGAGCUUACAUUGUUGAUUACAAAAAUUUCAUAAAAAUUACAAAAGAGGAUGAAUUAUAUAAAAGGUUACCACAAAAAGAAAAAAUAUCUGCUUUAAAGUACAUUCGUUUCACAAUUCGUGGCAAGCUAAAUCGGAACGUCCCAGUCCUUUUGAAUGCUAAAAUGAAAGAGGCUUUAGACAUAAUUUUAAGAUAUCGGAAAUUGGCAGGAGUAAGUUCAAAAAAUCCAUAUAUAUUUGGAUUGCCAGGUGCAGAUAAAAAACGAUUUAGAUAUUUAAGAGCGAGUAAAUUGAUGCGUGAAUUUGCUAAUCUAUGUGGAGCAGAGAACAAAGAAAGCUUACGUGGGACUAUUUUACGGAAAGACAUGGCAACAAAAUGUUCACACUUACCAGAUAGUG